AUGUCGACAUUUGAUGGCCUUGUCAAGGAAUUCCCUACCAUCAGGAUCGACUACUUCAGAAAUCAUCCCGGCAAACCUCCGCCUGCCGCAUUGUUUCUGAGCCAUGUCCACAGCGAUCACUUGAUGGGCCUGGAGUCCGUCAAGAUGCCAUUUGUCUACUGCUCAGCAACCACGAAGCGCAUCUUGUUGAAGAUGGAGAAGUACCCUCACCGCAUCAACUUUGCGAAAGGCGUACUCGAAGCGCGAAAGCAACAUUACAAGCAUUUGAAGAACAUACUCCGAGCAGUGCCUUUGAAUACAGCCACCGAAAUUGAGUUGGGCCCGAGAUCGGUCAUCCGAGUGACUUUGCUAGAUGCCAAUCAUUGCCCUGGCGCUGUGAUGUUCCUCGUCGAAGGAGACGGCAGAGCCAUUGUCUAUACUGGCGAUGCCAGAGCUGAACCUUGGUGGGUGAAUUCAAUCGUGCAAAACCCAGUCAUUUUGCCUUAUGCGUGCGGCCUCAAACACCUUGACUGCAUUUAUCUCGAUACCACCUUUGCUACUCAUGACGAGCCGUACAAGGACUUCCCUACCAAAGCACAAGGAUUGCAGGAACUUCUCGAGAAAGUCGCCCAAUACCCUUCGGGAACAAUCUUCUACUUCCGCGCAUGGACGCUCGGUUACGAAAACGUCUGGGUUGCUUUAUCAAAUUUCCUGCGAUCUCAGAUUCACGUGAAUGACUACCAGUUGGGGAUAUUUCGUGACGGAAAUGACAACGAGACCGCUGCACUCACAGGAUUUACGCUGGGCAAUAGUCGACUAGCAGGUUGCCUCACUGACGACAAGACGGCCAGGAUUCAUAGCUGCGAGCCUGGCCUGGACUGUCAUUCCCAGAUCAAGAACGCCAGGAACGUUGUGUGGAUUAGUCCCAUCAUUUCGAGGCUCCAAGAUGGGAGCGAGAUUAGAGAACUCGGAGCUGGAGGUGGCUGGCGAGACCUCUACCCCAAGGCGCAACUUAAGCUGGAGGAAAGCGCGAAUAUUGUGCAACUGUUGACUCUUUGCGCCUCAUAUGCCGACAGUGAGGAAAUCAGAGCAAAAUUGGUGCAGGCCCUAUCGCGGCCUAGAGCCGGCUAUGACCUGUCCAUGGUUCUUGAUGAAGUUGAUGAGGUGAAAGUUGAAGACGAUGAUUCUAUCAAGCUUGGAGACUUCAUGACUUUGAUAUCGAAGAGGUUCAAGGAGGUGAACACAUCGACUUCCCUGAGCGUGCCUUCGGAGACACAGCUGAAGCCCAUUGCUCACACCGACACACUCCAUUUCCCGUACUCCCGUCAUUCCUCUUAUAACGAGCUUCGCCAUCUUGUCGGGGUGUUCAGGCCGAGGGAUAUCUGCCCUUGCACAGUGAGCCUAGAAACGUGGUCAGAGGAUCUUAGCAUGGAAUCUCUCUUUGGAGAUCUAUGUUCAGAGCAGUUGUUCUGCUACGAUCAGGAGACGAGGGAUACCGUCGCAGGAUUGCAAGGGCACAACGGAGUAAUGAACAGGGUUCGUGGUAAGAUGAGACGAGACGACGAUGAUGACGACUCUCAAAGGACUCAGUCCCAGAAUGCGGGUGGCUAUGAGCCUUCGAGCCCGGUUGAAUUCGCUUCUCCCCUCCGGCCAAGCGAGUCAGAGGAUACAAAGUCACCCUCGAAGCUGCCCAAGGAGGAGAAAAUAGGCAUUCCACCGGUCCAUCACCCCAGAAAAAUAGAAAGCGCGAGCCGGCAACAUCAUACCAUACUGGACGGCAGCACAUCUUUGGAUGGCUCCGAUAGUCAGACUCUUUCAUCGCCGGCGUUUGACAGUCAACCUGGCCAACCACUGGAUUCUAGCAUGGAUGUCUAUCUAGACAAUGGUCUGGGAGAUGAGGAUUUCCAGGUCGCCCGUGAGGGUCUGGCGUCAGGUGAAAACAGGUCAGCGAACAGUCGCAUCGAGAAGGCCCAAAGAAAGCAAGCAAGACUCGAUGCUUAUUACGCUGCGAGACAUGCUAUUCUCAGUAACGACGUAAGCGAAUGGGAUGCUGUCCCUCUGAGAAGUGUUGGCCACCCGGGCCACGACGAGGAGGAGCUUGAGCUGUAG